UAUUUUAAGCAGUUAAUAUAUAAAAUAAAAGUAGAGAAUAGCGGGCGCAUGAUGCCAGUGGUAAAUUUGGAAUUUCCUAUUCAUAAUCAACCGCAUUCCAUACAUUUUACAAAAGUUGACAAGGAAUAUAAAAAUUCGACGCAAACUAUAGAUAAAAAUUCGCUAUAUUCUUCGCGGUAAUCGGCCAAUCGCUCUUCUUACAUAUAGAAAAAGUUUUCUAUAUAGUUAUACAAGUAAAGCCUAAUGUACUGUCUCUCACUCACAGUCAGUCAGUAAAGUGUUGUGCCGGAAAGAAGAGGCACCGGAACAUUGUUUCAAUGAUUUGUAAUUUAAUUUUCUCAACAUUGUGAUAUUGUUUAUAUAAAAAAAAAAUUGACAAUUAUAAAGGACAUCUUGGAAUAGCUAAAUGGCGAGUAACGAAAAGAAACAGGAAAAAAUGAAAAUCAUUGGGAAAAUAUUGUCUGUGAUUCAUAAGCUGAUAGAAUUUAUAGUGAGAGGAUUAUUACUUUUAGUUGCAUACAUAAGUGGUCCAGCGGAAAUGCAACCGCCAAUUAAAGAUUUAACACUUUUACACAGUGCAACAGCCUUAGCAACAAAAAUUCGCAACAAACAACUCUCGUCUGAAGACGUUGUACAAUCAUACAUCGAUAGGAUAAGAGAAAUUCAACCGAUAUUAAAUCCAAUGGUUGAAGAUCGUUUCAAGGAAGCAAUAGAAGAUGCGAGAAAAUGUGACGAACUAUUGAAAUCACCUAAUUCACCUACAGUUGAUUUUCUUGCUAAAGAAAAACCUCUUUUUGGAGUUCCAUUUACAACAAAGGAUUGUGUAGCUAUUACUAAUAUGAAACAAACAGCUGGUAUUGUAUGCCGUAAGGAUUGUAUAGCAAACGAGGAUGCAAAUGUAAUUAAAUUAAUGAAAAAUGCUGGGGCUAUACCACUUGCCACGACAAAUGUAUCGGAAGGUGCAAUGUGGUGGGAGUCUAGCAAUUGUUUAUAUGGAACAAGCAGAAAUCCCUACAAUACUAGACACAUUGUUGGAGGUUCGUCAGGUGGAGAAGGUUGUCUGCAGGCUGCUGCAGGUUCUCCAUGUGGUUUAGGUUCAGAUAUUGGAGGAUCUAUUCGAAUGCCAUGUUUUUUUAAUGGUAUUUUUGGACAUAAACCUUCCAAAGGAAUUGUUUCAAAUCACGGACAAUAUCCUAGUACACAUAAUGAUCAACAAGACUCACUCCUGGGAAUUGGGCCAAUGUGUAGAUAUGCUCAGGAUAUGCUUCCAAUUUUAGAAAUAAUAGCCGGUAGUAAUGCGGAAAAAUUAAAUCUACGUUCAAAAGUUGAUAUUUCAAAGCUCAAGUUUUACUAUAUGGAAGAUAAUGGUGGUCAAUUUUUGGUAUCGCCAGUAGAUCGUGAAAUUAAGGAAUCAAUGACAAAAAUUGUCAACUAUCUUGAGAAAGCGCACAAAAUAAAAGCAACAAAAAUACAAAUUAAAAAAAUGAAAAAGAGUUUAGACUAUUGGAUGGCAGCAAUGACUGGUGGUGAUGGAAAGGAUUUCUCCUAUGAAUUAUCAAAUCGAAAGGGUCAAAUUAAUGUUUGGUGGGAAUUGAUAAAAUGGUUUUUUUUCAUGAGUAAUCAUACAUUAAUUGCAUUAUGUACAGCAGGUUUUGAGAAAUUUAACAUGAAAAUAGGAAGUGAAAAACAUACAAAACUGAUGCAAGGUGGAAGGGAACUCUAUCAAGAAUUUAGAGAUAUGCUAGGAGAAGAUGGAAUUUUCUUGUAUCCAACUCAUCCAACAGCAGCUCCUUUGCAUCAUGAACCACUUAUAAAACCAUUUAAUUUUAUUUAUACAGCAAUAAUAAAUGUUCUUGGAUUACCAGCAACCGCAUGUCCAUUAGGUCUUAAUAAACAAGGACUUCCCAUAGGCAUUCAGAUAAUUGGUGGUCUCAAUCAAGAUCGCCUAACACUAGCAGUUGCCGAGGAAUUAGAACGUGGAUUCGGAGGCUGGGUUCCUCCAUCAAUAACGGCAUAAAUAUCAUAAAGUUAUUUAAAUUUUCAAAAACUUCCUACCACUCAAAUAGAAAUAAGAUAUUGAAAUUUUUCAACAUUAAUGAAAUAAGCGAUAAAAAAAAACGUCUGACAAUUAUUUCUAUUUUUUUAAACUAAACUCUAUUUUUACGAUUUUCCUACUUUUGUUAUAUAUGUACCUAUUAAACAUAUAUAAAUAUUUAACAUAUUGUACAAAAACUGUUCGUGAUAAAACUGAUGCCUUUAACGUGUGAAAAAAAUCUAUUUAUCAUAA